AUGGCUUCCCCUUCUUUGCACCAGCCUCAUAUCCUACUGGCAAAUCUCCGAAAUGACUGGUCAAUUAAGCCUCUUCUUCAGCGAUGCCAGGAGUUGGUGAAGGUGAUCGAUGACAAUCCUGCCAAGGAGCUACAUGUGAUCUUCCCCUGGUUGGUGGAGGGCAUCUUUGGGAGCCUUGAUGGUGUCAUCGGGGGAUGGAACCUGCGGUUACUGCAGGCCCGCAACAAUGAGUACAACAUAGCCAUGGAGUUCCUAGACCCCGUGGGCCCGAUCAUGAAACUUGUGUACAAACUACAAGCAGAAGAGUACAUGUAUGAGGUCCCAGUCACAUGUCUCCCUGGCCCUUUGAAGUCAUCCAUUCUGGAAGGUUCCAUCCCAGAUUGCCCACUUUUUCACAACAAGCUGCGUCUUCCACAGUCCGGCCAUCAGAGUCUCAAUUUGUCCCUCAAUCCAUUUGAAUAUUACCUGUUUUAUUUUGCCAUGGGCCUCAUCACACAAAGGAAUCAUCCCAAUGGACAGCACGUUAGCACCUCGGACAGCGCCUACUUUGCUCUGGUGGAUACCUACCUGAAGUACUUCCUCCCCAUGGAGGGAAAUGUCCCCCUGUCGCCUUUCUCAGGUGUCAGGGCCACUGUGCCUUCACCUGCUUCCAGGUACCCCAGCGUGCCAUUUACUGGGUAUGGCGUCCAGAGCACCAGCCUGCUUAAGCGCCACAUCUCCCACCAGUCCUCUGCUAAUGCUGACUCCGCCGCCCAGGAGACGUGGAGGUCCGAGACACUUGUACAGAUGUUUGUGGAGAUAUGGCUUCAUCACUACUCUCUGGAGAUGUACCAGAAGCUGCAGUCACCACAGGUGAAGUUGGCCGUGCUCCAGUACAGAUUUGGUAUACCCAGCAUGCACUGCAACCCUGCCGCCCCUCCUGGCUGUGGGAUCUUCAGCGCGUACCAAGAGCCCUUCAGUCCCACCGAGGAGCAUGUGCUGGUGGUGAGGUUGCUGAUAAAGCACCUGCAUGCGUUCUCCAGCAGCCUAAAGGCCGAGCCAGCCUCCACCUCACCCCCUGCCCACCCGCAUGCUACUGCCCUGGAGGAGUUAAAGAGGGUGGUAAUCUCACGAUUCAUGCAGCAGAAACUGUACAUCUUCCUCCAGCACUGUUUCAGUCACUGGCCUCUAGACGCCUCCUUCAGAGCGGUGUUGGAAACAUGGCUCAGUUACAUCCAGCCCUGGAGAUACACAGCUGAAAAAAGCAGCCCUCUGCUCGACAAUCAGAAAAGCAGUAUUCCUGAGAAAUGGGUGACCUUCGUAGAGGAGAACCUACUUAUGUACACCAAGCUGUUCUGUGGAUUUGUAAACCGUGCGGUGCGCACUGACCUGGUCAACAGCAAAAAUGCGCUCAUGCUUUUCAGGGUGGCCAAAGUGUUCGCUCAGCCCAACCUGCCAGAAAUUAUCCAGAAAGCAGAGCGGCUCUUCCUGGAGCCCGAACCCGUCCUGCACCAGCGCCCGCACCGGCUCCCCCACACCCCAGGCCACGACGGCAGCUUCCUCUCCUCGCGCCAUCCCGCCGAGGCCGACGCCGUCUUCAAGGUCAAGAGUCAUGUCUACGGCCUGGAAGGGCAGGACUGCCAGUACAGGCAGAUGUUUGGGGCCGAGCAGCGCAAUGCGGUGUUGCGCCUGGUGCAGCUGAUAGCACAGGCCCAGCAGACCAUAAAGCACGGAUCAGCUCGAUCGGGCGAGACAGCUGCCAACCAGUCCUUCCUCUCGUGGUUUCAUCUGGGCUCCUCAGACCUUAACAGCACUGGCACAGGUGGAGAAGUGGAUGACAUGGAGGAGAGCGUGAAGAAGACGGAUGAGCAUUUGGGCAGGGCUCUGGACUACCUGUCUCAGAUCUUUCGGCUGAGUUCUGGGCAGGUGUCUCAGCUGUUGGUGAAUGUGGCAGCAGUGCAGGAAGAUGUAGAAUCCAAGCAGCUUCCUGACUGCAUUCAGGGUCAGAACGGGCUGAUCCUCACUGAUCUGGGUAGGAUGCAGAUUAUUAACGGGCUGCGCAGAUUUGAGAUCGAGUAUCAAGGGGACCCGGAGUUACAGCCCAUAAGGUCCUAUGAAAACGCAGUUCUAGUUCGGCUAAUGUUCUGGAUAUCAUCACUUGUGAACCAGCAGUUUGGAGGAUACAUGGACGCCCUCUGUCUGCGGCGGGACUUCCUGGGUCGCCUGGGUCAGUACUACUUGAUGAGCUCCGCCUCAGCUGACACGUGCCGGAGGAGCCCAGUGACACGCCGGACCCUGGAGCGGCCCGUGGGACCACGGCUCAGCCUGCGGACAUUCGGCAGCUAUCGCACCAUACUCACCAUCGCCCUGCUCUACCUAACGGGAGCCCUGCUCUCCUUUGGCCUGCUGUCCAGCACUGGCCUCAUCCUAAUGGCUGCUUUCAUUCAUGGACUUUUCAUGACCUCAUUUGCUGGCAAGCAGAAAAAGCAUUAG